AUGAAAAAUAUAAUUUUUAGUUCAUUUAAAAGGUUUAAGAUUAAUAAAAUAGUCCAUAUGUUUUAUACUUUGAGAUUGUUUUUCAGCUGUAAUCUUAAUAGAAAUAUUUCUUUUCUCGCAUCUCUUACUAAUAAUCCAUUAUCAAUGAAGAAGGCUAAACGAGUUGGAAGGGGUCCUUCAUCCGGGAAAGGGAAAACAUGUGGAAGGGGACAUAAAGGUCAGAAGGCUAGAAGUGGAAAUAAUAGAGUUAAACCUGGAUUUGAAGGUGGACAGACACCUCUCACUAGAUUGUAUCCAAAACGUGGAUUUGUAAAUGUGAAUUCAAAAGAGUUUUCUCCAUUAAAUCUUCAACGUUUACAAAUAUGGAUUAAUAAUGGAAGAAUAGAUGCAAAAAAGCCUAUUACCAUGAAACACCUUUACGAUUCUAAUAUUAUUCAUGGAAUAAAGUCGGGUGUUAAGUUACUAGCUAAUGGCAAGGAAUUUUUUAAUAUACCUAUAGAAAUAGAAGUUUCAAAAGCUUCGAAAGAAGCUAUUAAAAGAAUUGAAUCCACCGGAGGGAAGAUUACUUGUGUAUAUUAUAAUUCUUUAGGACUAAGGGCACAUCUUCAUCCAGAAAAAUUCAAAAUUAUUCCUAAACAAGCUCAACCAAUUAGUAGAUCUAAUAUUCAAUAUUAUAGUGAUAAAAACAAUCGAGGAUAUUUGGCAUCUAUUUGAUAUAUAUAUAUGUUCAAUUUUGAAUGUUAAUAAAUGGAUAAUUGAUGUUUUAAUCAUAGUAUUACCAGUUAUCGAAAUUCCCAAAUCCUCUUUUUUUUUUUUUUGGUUCAGAUAUUUCAGGUUUAUUAUUUAUUUCUAUAAUUCUUUCAUCUAUUUUAUUUGAUAUGUUAUUCUGCUUUAGAUAUUUUCCAAUGAUUGAGCUUUUAUGAAUAUCCUUAUUUGUGGUUAAAAAUUUUCCUGUCCAAGUUGUAUCAUCAUUUUCUGUAGAAUUUGUGUUCUUUUGUUUUUGUUCGUUCAAAAGCUGUAUUUUUUUAAAUUCUUCAAAUGGAUCAACAAAAAUAAUAACGUCUGUCAUUAUUAUAUCCGAAAUAGGUUUAUCAAAAGAAUCUACUGGGCUAUUUUCCAUCUUUUCUAAAGUUUCCAU